AUGAAACUCGAAGAGCUUCUAAUGCAACGAAGCGAGGAGAAGCAGAAGAGACUUGUUCUUGAGGAAGAGGUUCUGAAAUUGCAAGAAGAGUUGGAUGGGGAGCAAACACUUAAUAGUGUUCUCCACUGUGCACUUUAUGGACCUGCUCUGUCACACCCAUGUCUACUCUCAUUGCUUCCACCUCAGGUUCAGAAGCUAUUUUCGGAGCUGGAUAUGAUGGAAGAUGAGAUCAGUGGGCUCGAAAGGAAAUUAGAAGAGCUGAAACUGAUGUUGUACAAGGAGAGAGUUCAAACAAAAGAGUGGGAGAUGCAUAGGAGACAGUGGGAACAGAAUCAAGCAUUGUCCAGAGCUGGAAAUCAGUCACUGAUUGAUGGAUCGAGAUCACAGAACUAUGAAGCAUUGGGAAAAGAAAAAGGGAGAGUAAGGGAUAGAAGAUCCUCUGUUGGCUGUGCUUCUGAUAUUUCUUGUGCCUUUUCAGCUGGAGAGAUUGCUGAAAUGUCAAGGAGAAUAAGCAGAAGAAGCAAAAUUCAAAGAGUUCUGGAUAAUGGAAGUGGCAUUCUUAAACCAAAUGAGCUCUCGGAACAGUUGCUCAAGUGCCUUAUAGGCAUUUUUCUUGAACUAAAGCAGACCUCAUUGGAUAAAGAGGGGUCAUCAUCUGUUGUGACAAAGCUUACUCUCUCUUGUAUGAACUCAAAAGGGUUCAUGCCGAAAACCUCAUUCAACUGCAAAUCAUCUGCGAUCUUCCACUACAACACAUCACAUGUUGACCCGUACUGCAUUUUUUCAGAUAUAGAUGGCGAUGGCCGUGAUGUUGGCCCAUAUAAGGACUUCAUCCAGAUUACAAGAAGCUCAUUAGACAUCAGACGCUUAACGGAUUGUUCUAAUGAAUUUGAACAAUUGAGGAAAUUAAUGCAUCAAUUGUGUGUUGUGGACUUGACUUACUUGACCUACAAGCAGAAGCUAGCAUUCUGGAUUAACAUCUACAAUGCCUGCAUCAUGCAUGCAUUUCUGGAACAUGGGUUUCCUUCUACACAAGAAAAGCUACUUGCACUUAUGAACAAGGCUGCACUGAAUGUCGGUGGCAUAGUGCUUAAUGCUUUAGCUAUUGAGCAUUUCAUACUCCGACAUCCAUUAGAAACGAAACAUGGACCUGCUUUUGAGAAAGAAAUGCUACUGAGACAUGCCUAUGGUUUAGGAUACCCUGAACCAAAUGUGACCUUUGCUCUCUGCAGAGGAAGUUGGUCCUCACCAGCAUUAAGGGUCUAUACCUCAGAGGAGAUAGUGAAUGAGCUAGAGAGGGCGGAAGUAGAGUACUUGGAAGCUUCGGUAGGAGUUACUAGCAAGAAGAGAAUUGUGGUGCCAAAGCUUCUACAAUGGCACAUGCGCGAUUUUGCAGAUGACAUGGACUCGCUGCUGGAAUGGAUUUACAACCAAUUGCCGCGAUCAGGAUCUCUGAAAAGAUUGAUAAUGGAGUGCUUGAAUGGUGAAACAAAGUCACCCGUAAACAGAAUGGUCGAAAUCCAGCCUUAUGAAUCGGAGUUCCGCUAUUUACUGCCAUUAUGA